CUCGGGCACGGCGCACUCGGACCGUGCGCUCAACGGCUCGUCAGUCAAACCGCGUCGUACUCAUCGUGAUCGGCAUCAUGAAGUGUGUGCCGGUUCACUCGUUUUUCUCUUAGAACGACGCGAUAGUUGCACUUAUUUACAAACGAAAUGAUGACUGCGUGAAUGCGUUGUUUUUCUCCGUAAAGAUAUAAGCAGUGCUUGCGGCUGUUUGGUACGUCCGCAAUCGAACUACACCUGACAACGAAGCGCUCUGUCGUAAAACAUUUGGCACCUGCCAGUCGCCGAUUUCUUGUACUACCUGUGAGUGUUAUGGCCCCACCGUCCCCACCAAUGACAAGGCCAGCUGCUGAUGCUUCCCUGACAGAUAUGGCGGGGGAAGUCCUUACCAAUGGCAAUGCCUACGAAGAAAUUGCCCAGAUUGGUACAGGUGCCUUUGGCACUGUGUACAAGGCCCGAGACCGUCAAAAUGAAGGACGUUUUGUUGCCCUCAAGAAAGUGCGUGUAUCACUCAACGAGGAAGGCAUCCCCACUGGAACGCUGCGUGAAAUUGGCCUCCUCCGUCAGCUGGAUGCUGCGCAGCACCCAAAUGUGGUGCGUCUGCUGGACAUCUGCCAUGGCAACCGGCUGGAACGAGAGCUGGUGCUUUUUCUUGUCUUUGAGCACAUUGACCAGGACUUGGCUGGUUUCUUGGAGCGCUGCCCUGAACCAGGCCUUGAGCCUGAGCUCAUUGCCUGGCUUCUGAAGCAGCUGCUGACGGGAGUGGAGUUUCUGCACUCGCAUCGCAUUGUCCAUCGUGAUCUGAAGCCCCAGAAUGUGUUGGUGACUGCUCAGCGACAACUUAAGCUUGCUGACUUUGGCUUGGCUCGCCUCUAUGAGCGGGAAAUGUCACUGACGCCCGUGGUGGUCACGCUGUGGUACCGCCCACCUGAGGUUCUCCUUCAAGCAAAUUAUGGCUCACCAGUGGAUCUGUGGAGCUGCGGCUGCAUCUUGGCGGAAAUGGCACGCCGCAAGCCUCUUUUUGGUGGUCGUUCUGAGGCAGACCAGCUUACGCGUAUCUUAGAGAUCAUGGGACUUCCACCGGCAGAUGAGUGGCCAGCAGAUGCUGCUGUUUCAAGGCAGGCAUUCGCCAACUUCAGCACUUUUGGAACUUCUUUAGAGCAAGCAGUGCCACAACUUGAAGGUCCCUUCAUCGAUCUUCUGCAUCAGAUGCUGCGUUUCAGCCCCCACCGUCGCAUCACCGCAAAGGCUGCUCUGUCACACCCAUGCUUGGCAGGCGUUAAUGAAGUUGCCGUGUCCUGAUAUAAAAGUGCAUGGCAAACCCGUGCUUGAGAGACGUCUGCAGCAGCACAUGCACAGAGGCAAGGGAAAGGUGAUCUCCAAAUUCUUGUCACUAGAGCCGCCCUUCAGUUUGGGAAAUUAUUGCUCAAGUCUCUUUUGUGUCUACUUUUGUGGAUUUGACCUGGCAACCUCCCCUAGCUGCCACAGUUACAUUUAAUGAAUUUGGAUGCACCAUUUGUUUAGCCUUUUUAUUAUCUUCCUUUUAAUUAUAGAACACAAGCAAGCAGUGGCUUUAGAACAUUUGUGGUGCUUUUGGUAGCUGUGUAUCAUGGUUUUGUUACGGAACUGAACAUAUGUUUUUGGAUGUGUUCGGUAGAAAUGUGAAUGCUAAUUUCAUAACCGUGACAUGAAUAUAGUGAAUUUUUCUCUUCCCUAGUUCCAUUUCACUAGCAAUGAACUAGUAAAACGAAGAAAAUGAAGAGAAUCUCUUCACACUCUUUGUCACUCAGGCAAAUUCUGCAUGGCACACAGUGUGUAUUUGGGCUUCUGCAUGAGGGGGAUUCCUUUGUUUUAUUAACAUUUAUAAAAUGUGGUUUGUCUUCAUUAUAGCUCAGUUAAGGAUGCUAUACUGAAGAUCAUCAUGAACUAGCCACUUAAAUAAUUUCUUUACAUGUCAAGAUGGCACUUUAUUGCCUUUUUACCUGAGCCCUUACGCUUAUAUGUAGAGCAAAUUAGUUUCUCUAGAGGUUUCUGGAGACAACAUGAAAAGGUUGGCUAUGAGAAAGCAAACUUGCCAGCUGUCAGAAACACCUGGAGAUGCGAUGCCAGCUUCCAGGAUGUAUAAAGUGCCUUUCUCUUUAGGCUUUAAACCUUUACAUAUAUGAUUGACAUGCAAGAUUUCUGGCAGCGCAUGAGCGAGCCUUAUUUGGCCUUGCAGCUCAUUCACAAGACUGUCAGUGCACAGCAAGAGUUAAAGCGAUGAAAAUGGCCUAUACCAGCCACACGACAUAGAGUGUUUUAUGAGGGCUGGAUCUGAAGAUGUUGCGACUGUGUGCGUUGGACGAUGCCAUUUUUUAUCUGCAUAACCUACACAGCAUAAUUAAAUAUGACAGCAUUUUUGUUAUGUAGGCCAACUGUUAUUGUUAAGGCAACUUGAACCAGGCCACUGUCAGGGCUUGUUUUGUACAAGUGUUCCGAAAAUCGCUAGUGGGGUCUGUACUGUGUACAGUUGCCGUAUUACUAUAAUUAUUGAUUGCUUGCUGGCCAUUGGAAUGCAUUGUAUUCGCACAUAUAACAGUUGUCUUUUUCUGUAACUGCCACUCCAGGCAUGCACCUCAUUCUGUGUCUUGAGGCAAGUUACGAAUAUAAUGCAACAUGUUUUUUUUUUUUUUUAAGAGCACACAACCCUUGUUACCACACUCAUUGCCAAUCCAUGAUUUAACCCUCGGUCCUCAAUGUGCCAAAGAGCAGCAUAGCAAGGUGCCAGGUCCUUGCCUUUCUCACUGAGGGUAAAUAUAAGGGGUCAGUGGUGGCUGAAGCUCUAUCAGAUAUAGAUUAUUUCUUUCAGCAUUUUGUGUCUAUUUUGUGUCAGUCCCUCCCUGUAUUUUUAUGCAUCGGGAGGUCGUGUAAUCAUAAAUGUUUAAAAAUUAUCAUUUAGACCUCUAAAAGUCUGCCUCAGCUUUAGAUCUGCGAUCAUUUGAUGUUUGUACAGGUACCCUAUCUAAACUUGCAAGACAGGAAAUGAAGAUGAGAUGUUUCUUUUAUGUGUAAUUCACUUUCCAACUUGUAAACCCAUUUUGCAUAAUUCUAUUUUGUGUUUACCUUCACAGAAUCAUUUAUGGAGUUGUAAUUGAUAUCCAAGAAAGACAAUGGAGUGGGCUGUUGAUUGUUCCAAUGAUUUCUAUUACUCAUACUUAACCGGUGCUAUUCCUGUAUUGUUGCUGAGUGAGUGCGCCACUCGCUCUACUGUAUCUGAGUUACAUUGCAUCCUGCGCACUGUCAAGCAGGGCACAUUUUACAUGUUAUGAGUACGUUUUUAUAUCCGUGGAUUCAUUUCACUCCCACUGUCAUUGCUUUCAUAUCUUUUUUCUCGUAAUGGUGGUGCAGAUAUACAUAUGCGCUGGUCCUGGUGGUACCUCCAAUGCCAGUGCAAGCCCUCAUGUAAGCAUUUCUCGAGCAAAAAAAUGUGCUCCUGUUUGCCCAGUGAAAAUUGCUGUGUGUAAAGUGCAUCUUGAUUCUCUGCUCAUCAUCCUCACUUAUUUCUUGCUACUAAGUGAUUCAUGGCGGAUUUCAUUGGCAGGGUCAGCACAACUUUUUCUGCUCUUUUUGGAGCAAGUGCAUUUUAAUGGUAGAGUGAAGGCAGGAUCGCAUUUUCCAAUAAGUUAUUUGGAGCAGAUUUCAAUCCGUGACACAGUUGCAGCUGCUCCGCAAAAACCCACGGAGUGGAAUGAAAUUCUGUGUGCCUUAUUGCCUUCAUGCAUGCUUUUUCAGUUUUUUACUGCUUACUGAGCUUGGUGGUGCUGCAGUAGUUGUGGUUUUCUGUAGUAAUGGUGGAUGUCAUGGAUGACUCGUCCCAGCAGGCAUCAUUGCUUUUGCAGCUCAAUAGUGGCAGCCCUGAGUUGGAUCUCUAGAACUCUUAAGUGCAGUGAACUAUGGCAGGGAACAGUGUAAGUGGAUGACGACAAGCAGGGUAUCCUGAGUAACUCAUGAGUCUGGUAGAGCAUUCCGCUCCCACACUGUACUCUGGUGGCAUGGGUUUUGUUCCACUCAGGGAUUAGGAGGUGUUGCUCUUUGCAGAAAGAAUUGCUCACUCACAGAGUCAGUCAGCUUGAAUGGAAUUCACCAUUAGAACGUUGGACUUCACCAUUGGCAACGAAUUUAUGCCACACUCACCUUUUUCCUUCAUUGUCACAAUGCUCGUCUGCAGGCAUGCUACUGUUGCUGGGGGCUCACUGUGCAGGAAAUGGAGUGCUAGCAUAGGUACUAGCAAGAGGUCAAUGACUCGUUUCCUGGCUCACUACGCAGGAAAGUAAUUAGGUGACACCUCACUGGUCACCUGAUGACCAGUGAGGGGUUUUUGCAAGGACUAGGCUGAAAUUUGAGCUGCCAUUCUUCGCAUGGCAGAUCCGCAGGUACUGAUGACCACUAUGUUGGUUGCACUUGUGAUAGGCUUUAAAGAGUGUGCAAAUAAUCUUUGGAGCCAGUCACAAAGGCGAUUUGACAGCUAUGAAUUUGCUAUUCAGAUCUACAGUAGCACCCGUGAUGGGUCCGAGAACUUUACAGUUAACAGAACAUUACUGCCAACUGUACCUCAGGUGUGUUACUGCCUACUAAAGGUAGCACCAGUUGAUCAUGAUAUCCAUCAAUGAAUUGGUGCUGUCCUUUAUUUUGUUGUCAUUUAAUGCAGAUUGUGCAUAAUAUUCCUUUUAUGUCAGCUCAGCUCUGAAACCAGGGUGCCUAGCAUUUGCAGCCAUUCUGGCUGCUGACAUACUUCCUGUGCUGAAGUAUACUAUAUUCGUUCUUGUCGUACAAGGAAGUGUGCAUUUGCAGAGGAUAUUUUCAGAUGUGCCAUACUCAUCUAAUACUUGUGCCUUAUGGUAUGCUUGCAUGUUUGCAAUGAGCAUGUGCGUUUUUUAGUUAUCUUGGAUACAGCAUAUCAAAACAUUGCUAUAUCAGAUAAUUUUUUACUAUUGUAUACAUAUCACCGCUUUUGGUGUAUCGGAUAUGCUGACAGGGUGAGCAGCUCAUGUGAUGACACAUUUCAAUGGUGCCUUCAACCAGAUGUGACUUUUGACAGAAUAAAAGCGUCCUAACAUAACAAGUCCUGUGAAGGCCUUGUUAUGGGGAAUGAAGUGGA